UUUCUGCAAUUGUAAAGCACUUCGAGGGUCAAACAACAAAUGAAAUAGGGUGGGUUGGAAAUGGAAUGGAGCAUUCUUCUACGGUUAAAGAUUGGGGCUUUCUCCAGUCUAAGAAUCCUCUACCUUAGCGUACGUCCAGAGUAUCUGUUCAAAGUCAUCAUGUUUGCCACUGCAAUUCGGUAUAUUGCGAAGAAGCCAAAGCCAAAGAUGAAACCAAUAGAGGUCAAAACAUCACCUGAGCAGACACAAACGAUAACUAGAGUUAUUUUUGACAUCCUGAAGGAGCAUGGUCCUCUCACUAUUGCAGACACCUGGGAACGUGUGAAGGAAGUUGGUUUGAGAGGUCUGACAAGCAAAAGGCAGAUGAAAAUAGUAUUGAGAUGGAUGAGGGAGAGGCAGAAAGUUAGGCAGAUAUGCAACCAUGUGGGGCCCCAGAAGCAAUUUCUGUAUACAACCUGGUUUACAAAACCCAAUAUCAGGCAGUCAAGCCGGCCAAAGUUUCCAUGAACUCCAUUUUCACUACCAUAAGAAGCUUGUUUCACAUUCCCAAGUUGAUUUGAAAGCCUGCCUGAAAUCUGUCAUUGAGGAAGACUAUUUUUAUCAUUCUCUUUCUUCAAAAUCAAGCUAAAGGGUUUGGUCGUAUGUAGUGCUACUGGAUUAUACAACCCAAUGCUAAUCCGGGAUACGGUCGGUUGUCAAAAAAUUAUUCAAAAGCAUAUUCAAUGUAAUCCCAGCUACAUAAUCAUGAUGCAAAUGGACUUUUUAAAGAC